AACCAUCCAUUCCACCACCAAGUCCUCCCUCCUCACCUCACCCGCACUCUCUCCCGCGAAAAGACUUCUUCUCUCGUCGUUGUUGUUGUCGUUGUUGUUGCACUCGCGCGCGGCGGCGCGGUGCCAGAGAUGAGGAGGAUGUUGCGUUGCUUCUUCGGCGGCGGUGGCGACGAGACGGGAGGUGACGAGGAGAAGAAGGCGUCGGCGGCGGCGGUGGUGAAGAACAAGAAGGCGGUGAGGCGGAUGCGGAGCGCGACGGGGCGGCUCCGGUCGCUGUCGCUGGAGGACCUGUCGCGGACGCUGGCGCAGUCCGGGCUGCAGGCCUUCACGCUGGCGGAGCUCAAGGCCGCCACGCGCAGCUUCUCCGGCAGCAACUUCAUCGGCGAGGGCGGAUUCGGCCCCGUCUACAAGGGCUUCAUCGACGCCAAGCUCCGCCCCGGCCUCCUCCAACCCCAGCACGUCGCCGUCAAGUACCUCGACGGCGAAGGCGACCAGGGCCACCGCGAAUGGCUGGCGGAGGUGGUGUACCUGGGGAUGUUGAGCCAUCCGCAUCUGGUGAAGCUCAUCGGCUACUGCUGCCAAGACGACCACCGGAUGCUCGUCUACGAGUACAUGGCCAGGGGCAGCCUCGAGCACCACCUCUUCAAGAAUUUGCUGUCGAGCUUGCCGUGGGCGACGCGGCUGAAGAUCGCGGUGGGCGCGGCCAAGGGGCUCGCGUUCCUGCACGACGCCGACACUCCGGUGAUCUACCGAGACUUCAAGGCAUCCAACAUCCUGCUCGACUCGGAUUACACGGCGAAGCUCUCGGACUUCGGGCUGGCCAAGGAGGGCCCGCAGGGGGACGCGACACACGUCACGACCCGCGUCAUGGGGACCCACGGGUACGCGGCGCCGGAGUACAUCCUGACGGGGCACCUGACGGCGAAGAGCGACGUGUACAGCUUCGGGGUGGUGCUGCUGGAGCUGCUGACGGGGCGGCGGAGCGUGGACAAGCGGCGGCGCGGGCGGGAGCAGAACCUCGUGGACUGGGCGCGGCCGUACCUCCGGCGGCCGGAGCGGCUGCACCGGGUGAUGGACCCCAGCCUGGAGGGCGGCUACUCGGACAAGGCGGCGGGGAAGGCCGCCAUGGUGGCGUACCACUGCCUCCACAGCGUGCCCAAGUCCCGCCCGCACAUGCGCGACGUCGUCGCCGCGCUCGAGCCGCUGCUGCAGACGUCCUGCGGCGACGUGCUCGCCGGGCCCUUCGUCUACACCGUCCCGUCCGCUGCCGCCGUUGUUGUUGCUGCCAAGGACGACGGGAAGAAGGCGGCCGCGGCCGCGGGUGAGGACGGCGAGGAGGAGGUGGCGGCGGCGGCCAAGGCGAAGAGGAGGUACGUGGCGUCGGCGGUGCACGCGGAGGGCGCGAUGCGGAAGGGGGAGCACCGGUACGCGAGCUCCGUGUCCGGCUCGCCGAGGCAGAGCAGGGACAGGGGCGGCUAGCUCAAGAUUUCAACGGUGGAUGCAAAGUGCGACCGCGGCAGGGCGUGAAUUUGCCUGUUACUGCGUGUGUGCGCGCGUGUGAGCGUGUAUUGUUCGAGAUCGUUUCAAGUGUACAUAAUAGUGGUAACAUAUUUCUACGGUGGAUGCAAAGUGCAGGAGGUGCAGUAACAUGUUCGUUGAUUCUUUUUCUUGGUGAUGCUAUUUUCGAUCCCAAGAGCAAAAAAUGUAAUAUUGCCUUUUGUUUUCUUGAGGAAAAUGGUGUUCUUUUUUUCCCUUUGUUUUCAGCUUGUACCGCUGAAUCCCGGAAAAUAAUAAAUGUGAAAAAUGAAAAGAGGGUUCAGUCAAAA